ACAAAUGCUAGAGACUGAGAUCAAAGACAGGCUCAAGUACCAACAGCAAGUCUUAGACUCUUUUACAAAAAUUGCGACGAAAAUUCUGGACCGUGGUCCCCGUGUCUCAGGAAUUCGUGGUCACUCCUCUCCAAAAAAAUUCAAGUCGCUUUCUCGAAAUAGCUAGGCGAAAGAUCGCACACAAACGCGGUGCAGCUAGAAAAAACUGCUUUGGUCAUUUGUUUCUUACCUCUAUCCACCAGUACUAUUCAUUACAAAACACAUUUAAAACACAUAUAACAAUUCAGAAAGCAACAGUAGAAAAAUCCAAGUUCUUGCUGUCAAAUAUCAGCACAAAAAUUUCCAAAUAUCUACCGCUCCCUGUUGUGAUGGAAUAUACGCGAGGGCCGAAUUUGCACCCACCAUGGUUUUUUGCGUGGUGGGGUAAACAGAUGGGGACAGAAACAGCAAAGGCACAUAGCGCACAGCUCUCCAAGAGAGAAAAGCUCAGGCACUUUUUCCUGUAUCGUUUCAAAUUUCCAAACGAGGUAUUUCGUCGAAGAUCCCGCAGAUUCUUUCGCAAAGACUUCACUGACGAUGGUAUAGAUAAGCCAGGUGCACCAAUUGACCCAGCCCAAUUCCAGAGAAGCAAUGAAAGUGGGGGCUACCGCAUUAUUGCCACAACCAGCAACAACGAUAGUCCGAAAAGAAAGUGUGCUAGUAAAUCUGCAAUCAAUGGAUUUAGAGAAAAUUAUCCCGCUGUCCAAGAAGACAAGCUCACGGCGCAGUCUUUAGCUGACACGAGCGAAAACCGAAGCCUUUUAAAAAAAAUAAGACUUCGUUGGCUUCAGAAUCCUGACUUUGCACCUGUUGUUCAUCCUGAGUCUGGGACACGGAAACUGGUUCCGCAGUCAAUCAGCUUCUUAAAGGAAAUGUGUCCCGGACCUUCCACCACAGAGGUUAGCUGCUCAUACCGAUAAUAUCUUUUCCAGCAUUCACUUAAAUCCCAAACUUACUGAUUAUAGGGGUAGAAGGGGGAAAGAGAAAGAAUGUGUUUUCUUGCUCGAUCAACAGAGAUGUCAUCCAGGGAGAUGAAUCAAAUCCAGUCUGACCGCCCAACUCAAAUUAAUACAUACUAGCA